ACGGCCACGCCAUCUUCAUUCCAACCGGAGAGUGGAUGUUGUACACCGAAGUCUAAGAAGUCACGUAUACCGGAGAUGCUCACGUGUCCGCCGGCGCCGAAGAAGCAGAAAGUGGGGCAAAACUGCGCUUUGAGGAGAAGACAAAUAGCUUUCUUUGCAUCUCCAGAUGUAGAGAUGUUCUUCGUUUUCGCACUUGGUCAACAAAUCAAUAAAUAAGCUAAGUGUAUGAUUAGGGUUUUGUGAUUAUUAU